GGGUAAUGACUCGAAAUCUACUACUUCUGACACUUCUGGUGUCAUUUGUGUUAGCAAUCAUUCCCAAUCAUUACCAUUUCAAAAAGCAUCUUAAGAGAGGAAGUCGCAAAUAUGGUAAUAGUGAAACAGCUAUGACCACUGGAUAUAUGGCACAAAAUUUGGAUCAUUUAAUUGGAAAUGCUUCUGGAACUUUUACUCAAAGAUAUUUGUACAGUCAGCAAUAUACUCUACAUCAGAGGACUGCAUUUUUGUAUGUAUCUGGAGUUGAAGGACCAAACGUCGUUCUUGAUGAUAGAACUCCAAUUGUGAAGACUGCAAAACAGUUCGGAGCAACCAUUUUCACAUUGGAGCACAGAUAUUAUGGAGAGUCAAAGCCAAAUGUUGACAAACUUGAUGCAUACAACCUUCGCCAUCUCAAUUCAUUUCAAGCAACCCAGGACGUGAUUUCUUUCAUAAAAUACGCAAAUGUUCAAUUCAAUAUGGAUCAAGAUGUCAGAUGGGUUGUCUGGGGUAUUGGAUAUGGUGGAAUUAUUGCUGCAGAAGCAAGAAAGUUGGAUCCCAAUUCUGUUUCUGGGGUUAUUGCUAGUUCAACACCGUUGACCCAUGAGUAUGAUUUUUGGCGUUUCAAUCACCGAGUUGCAAUAGUUUUGGCUGAAACUGGUGGUUCACUUUGUUAUCGUAAAGUUGCUAAUGGAUUCGCUGAUAUUCGAGAAGCAAUGAAGACGCCAGAAGGCAGAUUAAAUAUAUCUGAUUUGUUUCAAUUGAAUCCACGACUCAAUGAAACCGCUCUUAAUUAUAACGACAUUCAAAUGUUUUAUUUGGCAAUUAUUGCACCAUUCCAAGAAAUCGUUGAGUUCAAUGAUGAUUUCGAUCUUUCCAUUGCCGACUUGUGCACAACAAUUGACAAAAGUAAUUGGACGAAUAUGGAAGUUGUAUAUCAAGCAUAUGUCUACUUGAGUACUACCUUAGAUGGAUUCGCUGGACCAAUGGACAUUUCUUAUCAAGAUUUCGUAGAUAGUUUAGGAGAUCAGAGCGUGGAUUCAGGAUGGAUUGAUAAUCGGAUAUGGCAAUAUCAAGUUUGCACUGAAUUUGGAUGGUUUUAUACUACAAAUGACAACGAGCAAGGAUUAUUUGGACCUGUGGUACCUGCAAGUUUAUUCCUCAAUCAAUGCUUUGAUAUAUUCCCUGACGCCAAUCUCACUGCUACAGGACUCCGAGACUCAAUAAUCAAUUACAAUAACUUUUAUGGUUCAUCAUAUGACUAUUCUGGAACAAACGCAGUUUUUACAAAUGGAAUGAAUGAUCCAUGGCGAGAACUUGGAAAAACAUCUACCGGAGACUUUUCCGUUGUUGCUUAUCUCAUUCCAGACGCUUCGACUGCCAGUGACAUGUUUCCUGGAAAUACUAACAAUUCAUUCAUUAUUCAAGCUCAUAACUUGAUGACUGAGAAUAUUAAUGUUUGGUUAAAUGGUCCAAGAAAUCCAAAAACCUUUGUUAAUACCACUGUUCCAUGGACUCGUCCUUACUGGGGAGAAUAUGGAAGUCUUCGAGAAACUAUGCUGAAACAAGAAGUUGAAUCUAAAUUCUCAAAACUUGAAAAUGGCCGAACAUCUGAAAAGACAUUCCCAGAACCUAAAUUCAAAAAAGUUUUCCUCGGAAGACCACCACAUGGAUUCCUUCCAGAAUCAGACUUCAAUAUGAGUCCAGAUGACUAUCCAGCUGGUUUUGAAACUGGAUCAUUCCGGCAGAGACAAGAUCAUUUUAAUAAUCAAAAUGCGGAUUUCUUCCAACAAAGAUUCUUCAAGAACACACAAUGGGCCAAACCAGGAGGUCCAAAUUUCUUAAUGAUUGGAGGAGAAGGACCAGACAAAGCAAGUUGGGUUUUGAAUGAGAAUCUUCCAUAUUUGAUAUGGGCAAAAAAAUAUGGAGCAACUGUUUAUAUGUUGGAACAUAGAUUCUACGGAGAAAGUCGUGUGGGAGAUAACACAAACUUCAAUCGUCUUUCCUCGCUACAAAUGAUUUAUGAUAUUGCUGAUUUCAUACGAAGUGUCAAUAUCAAAUCAGGAACUUCAAAUCCUUGGAUUACAUUCGGUGGAUCAUAUUCUGGUCUUAUUUCUGCGUGGACAAGAGAAGUAUUCCCAGAACUUGUAGUGGGCGCCGUUGCCUCUUCAGCACCAGUUUUUGCCAAGACAGAUUUUUAUGAGUACUUGAUGGUUGCAGAGAAUUCUAUCAGAAGUUAUAACUCAACCUGUGCCGAUAGAAUUCAAGAAGGAUUUAAUUCAAUGAGAGCUUUAUUCUUAACCAAAGGAGGAAGACAAACACUGUCGUCCAUGUUCAAGCUAGAUCCACCAUUUGCUGAUAACGUUACUGAUAUUGAUCAACAUUACUUCUUUUCAAAUAUUUAUUCAAAUUUCCAAGGAGACGUUCAGUAUUCUGGUGAUAACAUGGGAUCAUAUGCAAAUAGUUAUGGAAUCCCUGAUAUGUGCAAGAUUAUGACAAAUGAUUCAAAUACUCCAUUGAAUAAUAUUGUUGCUUUUAACGAGUAUAUGGCUAAUUUUUAUAAUGGAGGAGGACCAUACUUUGGAUUGGAUAACAGUUAUCAGGAUAUGAUUAACUUUUUGAUAAAUGCAAAGGAUUUUGGACCUGAUGCGGAAGCAUCGCUUUUAUGGACGUGGCAGACUUGCUCCGAGUUUGGAUAUUUCCAAUCUGCUGACUCUGGAAAUGGUAUUUUUGGAUCGCCAACACCUGUAAAUUUCUUCAUUCAAAUUUGCAUGGAUGUUUUCAACAAUUACUACCAAAGAAGCGCAAUUGAUCCGAUGGUUGACAACACAAAUUACAUGUAUGGAGAACGAUUCCAUUUUAGAGGAUCGAAUGUUGUAUUUCCAAAUGGAAAUAAGGAUCCAUGGCAUGCACUUGGUCUGUAUUAUCCAACUGAUUCAUCAGUUGUUUCAUACUUAAUCGAUGGAACUGCUCAUUGUGCUGAUAUGUAUCCAGCUAGAGAUGCCGAUGUUCCAGGGCUUAAAGUUGUCAGAGAUCUCAUUGAUCAAAAUAUUGCCAUCUGGUUGAAUCAAGCACCACCUUCAACUGGAACAACCCAGACAUCUGGAACUGGUUCAACAGCUUCACCAGGGACUGGGUCAACUUCUCAACCUGUAACAGCUACAACUGUACAGGCAACUACCAAAUCUACCACUUCAGUUACUGUUUUAACGCCCUUCAUUGCCAUGCUUGUUAGUUAUCUCUUGUAAUAAUGUAUAUUAACACAACUAUAUGUUACGAUUAUUAGAAAAAAAAACCUUGAAAAUUAGGUGUUCAUUAAAAACUGUUUUGAAAUAUAAUCAUAAAAUUGUUUGGAAAAUUAUACUCCCUGAACAAAAUAUUUUUAUUACAUUCCAACUUUCACAUUUUCAACAUGUUUUAAUACUUUGCCCUAAACGUAGAAAUGCCCUUAUUUUUCGCAACCAAUAUUAUCAGUUUCAUACCUUUUUUCAAUAAAAAUGCGCUUAUAGACCUUUGAAACACAAAUAUUAAACACUGAAAAUAAAAAGAGAGAACU